UCGGCUCUUUCCGUCCCCGUCUUCCGCUGCCCCGGAAGAGCGCCCAUGGAGAAGGGCCUUCCCGACAGACGCAAGGCCAUGGCUCCGCUGCUGGAGUACGAGAGGCAGCAGGUGCUGGAACUGCUCGACAGCGACGGGCUGGUGGUGUGCGCCCGCGGGCUCGGCGCCGACCGUCUCCUCUACCAUUUCCUGCGGCUGCACUGCCACCCAGCCUGCCUGGUGCUGGUGCUCAACACGCAGCCGGCCGAGGAGGAAUAUUUUAUCAGUCAGCUGAAGAUAGACGGAGUUGAACACCUCCCUCGACGUGUGACAAAUGAAAUUGCAAGUAACAGUCGCUACGAAGUCUACACACAGGGCGGCAUUAUAUUUGCAACAAGCCGGAUACUUGUGGUUGACUUCUUGACUGAUAGAAUACCUUCAGAUUUAAUAACUGGCAUCCUCGUGUACAGAGCGCACAGGAUCAUUGAGUCCUGCCAAGAAGCCUUCAUCCUGCGUCUCUUCCGCCAGAAAAACAAGCGUGGCUUCAUCAAAGCUUUCACAGACAAUGCUGUUGCCUUUGACACUGGUUUCUGUCAUGUGGAAAGAGUGAUGAGGAACCUCUUUGUGAAGAAGCUUUACCUAUGGCCAAGGUUCCAUGUAGCAGUCAACUCAUUCUUAGAACAACACAAGCCUGAAGUUGUAGAAAUUCACGUGUCCAUGACCCCCGCCAUGCUGGCCAUCCAGACGGCCAUCCUGGACAUCUUAAACGCCUGCCUGAAGGAACUGAAGUGCCACAACCCAUCACUGGAAGUAGAAGACCUGUCGCUGGAAAACGCUCUCGGGAAGCCAUUUGACAAGACAAUCCGCCAUUACUUGGACCCUUUGUGGCACCAGCUUGGAGCCAAGACUAAGUCCUUGGUGCAAGAUUUGAAGAUCCUGAGAACUCUACUGCAGUACCUCUCUCAGUAUGAUUGUGUUACAUUUCUUAAUCUUCUGGAAUCUCUGAGAGCAACAGAGAAGGCAUUCGGUCAGAAUUCAGGCUGGCUUUUCCUGGACGCUAGCACUUCCAUGUUCGUGAAUGCUCGCGCACGAGUUUAUCAUGUUCCCGACGCCAAACUGAGCAAAAAGGCCAAAACAUCCGAAAAGGUGACAAGUACAGAAGGGCAAGAAACAAAAAAGGAACUGGUCCUAGAAAGCAAUCCAAAGUGGGAGGCGCUAACUGAAGUCCUCAAAGAAAUCGAAGCAGAAAACAAGGAGAGCGAAGCCCUUGGUGGCCCAGGCCAGGUGCUGAUUUGUGCAAGCGAUGACCGCACGUGCUGCCAGCUGAGAGACUAUCUGACCGAGGGCGCAGAUGCCUUCCUGCUGCGGCUCUACAGGAAAACCUUUGAGAAGGACAGCAAAGCCGAAGAAGUGUGGCUGAAUUUUAGAAAGGGGGACGGCCCAAAGAGAACUAUGAAAUCUGACAAAAGAUCCAAAGAAGCCCAAAACAAAGAACGUGCUUCUACCAAAAAAGGGGCUCCCAAAAGGAAGAAGCGAGAGCUGACUCUGACGCAAGUGAUGGGGCCUGCUGAGGAGCCGCCAGAGGAAGGGGCUGAGGAGGAAAGCCGGCCCAGACAAGCAGGCAGUAGCACAGAAGGCUGCGGGGGAGAGAGACAGCACGAAUCCUUUGAUUUAAAUUUGUCAUCCGAUGCAGCCUAUGGCAUCCUCAAAGAGCCCCUGACCAUCAUCCAUCCGCUUCUGGGGUGCAGCGACCCCUAUGCCCUGACGCGGGUAUUGCACGAAGUGGAACCCAGAUACGUGGUUCUGUACGACUCAGAGCUCACCUUUGUCCGGCAGCUGGAAGUCUACAGGGCCAGCAGGCCUGGAAAACCGCUGAGGGUUUACUUUCUUAUAUACGGAGGCUCCACGGAAGAGCAGCGCUACCUGACCGCUCUGCGGAAAGAAAAGGAAGGUUUUGAAAAGCUCAUAAGGGAGAAAGCUAGCAUGGUGGUCCCUGAGGAACGGGAAGGCAGAGAUGAAAGCAACCUGGACUUAGCAAGAGGCACGGUGUCCACAGGUGCCCCCGCUGACACUAGGAAAGCUGGGGGCCAGGAGAGGAAUGGCACACAGCCCAGCAUCGUGGUGGACAUGCGUGAGUUUCGGAGUGAGCUCCCGUCUCUGAUCCAUCGGCGGGGCAUUGACAUCGAGCCAGUGACUCUGGAGGUGGGCGAUUACAUCCUGACGCCUGAGUUGUGCGUAGAGCGCAAAAGUGUGAGCGACCUCAUCGGCUCUCUGCACAGUGGCCGCCUGUACAGCCAGUGCCUGGCCAUGUCACGCUACUACCGGCGGCCCGUGCUGCUCAUCGAGUUUGACCCAGCCAAGCCCUUCUCCCUGGCGCCGCGUGGUGCCUUCUUCCAGGAGAUGAGCAGCAGUGAUGUGAGCUCCAAGCUUACCCUCCUCACCCUCCACUUCCCCCGCCUGCGGUUGCUCUGGUGCCCCUCACCCCACGCCACAGCAGAGCUGUUCGAGGAGCUCAAGCACAACAAGCCACAGCCUGAUGCAGCCACCGCCAUGGCCAUCACCGCAGACUCGGAGACGCUGCCUGAGUCGGACAGGUACAACCCUGGCCCCCAAGACUUCGUGCUAAAGAUGCCUGGGGUCAACGCCAAGAACUGCCGCUCCCUGAUGAAUCAGGUGAAGAACAUCGCAGAGCUGGCCACCCUGUCCCUGGAGCGGCUCACGAGCAUCCUGGGGCACUCAGGAAACGCUAAGCAGCUGCACGACUUCCUGCACACUGCCUAUGCAGACGUGGUGUCCAAAGGCAGAGUGAAGAAGUGACCGUCACUCAGAUCACUAUUUACUGAUCAUUUGCAUAGCAGUCCAUUCUUUCCCAGGGCUCUUAGGGCCUGGCAUUCUAUCCCCCAGGCCACUGGUCCAGAAGCCAGGAGUC